AGCUGUAUUUUAGGCAUACCCAAUGACAUGAAUAUUAUGUUUGUCACUCCGUGAAGGUUACCCUGAGAGAGUUUUCCUGCCAAUCCCCCAAAAGAAUUAUCAAAAGUACAGGAUGUCUCGGGAAAAUCUGCAUUUUCUUACUCUUUUCUUGAUUAUUUCAGUGUCGGUCAGUUCAUGUGAUAUUGCUGAUAAGGCACGCUAUGACAACUACCGGCUGUACCGGCUUCAUCUGGAGACCGAGGAGCAGGUGAAGAUGCUGCAGGAAUUGGAGAAAAUGAGCGACAGCUACAUUUUCAUUGGGCACGCCAGGCAUCCGGAUCAGGACUUAACAAUAAUUGUUGCUGCUCAUAAGAUUGCCGAAGCUGCGGAUCUCUUCAAGAGAUACAACAUUACAGCCCAGGUGCUGGUCUUCAAUAUUCAGGAGAAGAUUGAGAAAGAAUGGGAUAAUGUGCUGCCAGAGAAAACGCCUGGGUAUCAAUUGGAUUGGCAGCAUUACUUCCAUUUGGAGACCAUCAAUCAGUGGUUGGAUCUUCAACUGAGCAACCACAAGGAUCUCACCUCUGUAAGUCUGGGAAAUAGUUUCGAAGGACGCAACAUCAGAGGUGUUAAGUUGUCGAGGAAAGCUGGGAAUACAGCAGUGUUUGUGGAAGGGGGUAUUCAUGCAAGAGAAUGGAUUUCACCUGCAACCAGCACAUACAUUCUCAAUCAACUUCUCACGUCAUCAGAUCCUCGUGUGAAGGAAUUAUCAGAGAAUUUUGACUGGUUUUUCUUCCCUGUCGUCAAUCCUGAUGGUUACGUUUACACCUUUGAAAAUGAUCGUUUGUGGAGGAAGAAUCGCAAGCCCUAUGGUCCUAUUUGUCGUGGAGUAGACCUCAACAGGAACUUCAAUUCUUCGUGGAAUGGACCAGGAUCCAGCUCUGAUCCCUGCACUUAUGAUUUUGCCGGUGGUUCUGUAAAUAGUGAACCGGAAGUUGCAGCCAUUGCACAAUUUAUCAAGACUCACGUCAAAGAGUCACGUAUUAAGACCUUCCUGAGUCUCCACUCGUAUUCGCAGCUUCUCAUGUUCCCGUUUGGAAGUACAACGGAGCAGGUGCCAAAUUACAGUGAUUUAAAGGAAAUCGGACAGAAAGCCAUUGAUGCCUUAGCCAAGAAACAUGGUACGAAAUUCAAGACUGGCAGUAUCAUUGAGACCAUUUAUCCCUCAAGUGGUGGGAGCAGUGAUUGGGCUUAUGAAGAAGUUGGCAUAAAGAUUUCGUACACUUUUGAACUCAGGGGACCACCAGAUAGUACGGAUAUGUUCAUUUUGCCAGCCAAUCAAAUAACCCCCGUUGGAGAGGAGACUCUCGAAGCUUUCAUUGUAAUCAUGAAUGAAGCUAAAGCUCGAGGAUACUACAAUGAUGCCUAAUUACAAUAUCGAGUUGUUUAUUUACUACAAUUUUCUCUGGGAAAACUCAUUAAUUCAUAAUAAGUUCUCAAUAACAAAUUUACUCAAUUUAUUGCAUUUAACAAUUAAUUUGAUAAGGAUUUUGGAAAGGAAUUUUCUAACAUUUUAUCAAUAAAAAUUUAUUUUUAAUAAAA